CCUGCAUUUGGCAAUGAAGUACUGUAAGCAUUCAGGCAGUGCGCUGUGCCUACAAUAACCUCACAAGAGCAUAGCCAAGUUUGAUUCAACAGCGACCAUUAAAAAAGAAGGCAUCCCUAAAUUUUUAACUUUUUCUUUUCAUAACCAAACACAUUUCUUCACUACUUAUACCCAUCAUUCUUGUUUUGAUCUCAGUUGAGGCAACGCAACGUCAAGACACUCACUAUGCCGUCCAGGUCCACCCCAGCCCACGCUAGCCCUAUAACCGCGCUGCGACGGCUUGCAAUUAUACAAUUCCCGUUUGCGUUUAUCCUACUCCUGGCACAUGGACUGGCUUCAAACAAGGCGCUACCGGCCAUAGGCUUGCUGCCGUUGAGUUUAUCGGCUCUUCUGUCGGCACUUAUUCUCUAUCGUGACAACGUGUCUGCUCUUGGCUCCUCGGUGCAAGCGCUUACGGCAUCGAAUUUAUUGUACCUGGAUAUCCUGUUGGCCUUUUUUCAACUCAGUCUCUUGAUACCUACAUGGAUACAGCUUUCGAAUAGCUGGUAUCACGCGUCUUUAGUCAUCUUGGGCACCUACGGGUCAGUUUUUAUGAUGGUCAAUUGUGGCAUACACUUUUAUUUUGCGCUCAAAGAGUUGUGGCAUAUGAGUACGUCGCACUUAUGUCAUUGCCCACACUGCCAGAGCCUCCGUGCCUCGAGGAGCAGCAGUCUUCUGCCGUUGAGCAACGAAUAUACGCCCCUUCAAAACGAGGACAGUAAUGGCACUGAGUAUCAUGAUGUCGAAGCGGGUGUCGAUGCCAAUGUCGAAGCCAGAAUUUGAUGUCAGUACGGUAGAUGAUGUUCUACUCAGGGUGACCCGCAUUGAACAUUCAAGGCUACUGCGGUUAGUUUAUUUGGCAGGAAUUGUAUAGACGAAAUCUCAAGCAUUACCUUCGCAAGAAUGAAUAAUGGUAAAUGCAAUAACUACAGUUGUGAUCAACUUUUACGACGACCACGGCCCACCUACAGCAUAUCAUGAUAUGAAACAGGUCGCAAUACCGUGCGACGAAGAAUCGUUGUGGUAGCGAUUGGGAAUCAUGAGG